AUGUUGUACAACACCGUCACCUGUCUGCUCUUCGUCGCCUUGAUACAGCUCGCCCUUUGCGCGGAGGACUAUUACAAGAUUCUCGGCGUCGACAAGCAAGCCACCGACAAGCAACUAAAAUCUGCUUAUCGCCAACUAUCCAAGAAAUGGCAUCCGGACAAAAACCCGGGAGACCAGACGGCCCAUGAGAAAUUCGUAGAGGUGUCCGAAGCCUACGAUGUCCUGAGCGACGCCGAGACUCGCAAAAUCUACGAUCGCCACGGCCACGAGGCCGUCAAGCAGCACAAAAACGGGGGCGGUGGCCACGACCCCUUUGACCUGUUUAGCAAGUUCUUCGGCGGACACGGCCAUUUCGGGCGGGCAUCCGGCGAACCUCGAGGUCACAACGUCGAGGUCAAGGUGGGCAUCUCGCUGCGCGACUUCUACAACGGCGCCACGAGCGAGUUCCACUGGGAGCGCCAGUUCAUCUGCGAGCACUGCGAGGGCACGGGCAGCGCCGACGGGCAAGUCGACACGUGCUCGUCCUGCGGGGGGCAUGGCGUGCGGAUCAUCAAGCAGCAGCUUGCCCCAGGUAUGUUCCAGCAGAUGCAGAUGAGGUGCGACGCGUGCGGAGGGCGCGGCAAAAGCAUCAAGAACAAGUGUCCGGUCUGCCAGGGUCAGCGGGUGGAGCGGAAGCGCACGCCGGUGAGCCUCAAGAUUGAGAGAGGAGCCAAGCGUGACUCGAGGGUCGUGUACGAGAACGAGGCCGACCAAAGCCCCGACUGGGUCGCCGGGGAUUUGAUCGUCACACUCACCGAGAAGGAUCCCGCGCCCGAAGAUAACCCCGACAAUGUGGACGGAGCCUUUUUCCGUCGCAAGGGCGACGACUUGUACUGGACCGAGGUCCUGUCUCUCCGCGAAGCCUGGAUGGGAGGCUGGACUCGCAACCUCACUCACCUUGACUCUCACGUUGUUCGCCUCAGCCGACCGCGCGGUCAAGUGGUGCAGAGCGGCCAAGUAGAGACCGUUCCGGGGGAAGGCAUGCCCAAAUGGCACGAGGAUGGCGACAGCGUCUACCACAAGUACGAGUUUGGCAAUCUCUACGUCACAUACGAAGUCAUUUUACCGGACCAGAUGGACAAGACAAUGGAAGCGGAAUUUUGGGAUCUGUGGGAAAAGUGGCGAGCGAAGCAAGGUGUGGAUCUGCAACAGGAUACUGGACGACCAGACGCAGAUGCGGCCCCGGUGCGAGAUGAGUUAUGA